GUUACACCCUUGUGCCAGGAGGUUUUCUGAAAUAUUUGCAUGAAAAGGAGCAGUGGCCAAGCAGCUUCGUAGCAAGAGACAUGUGUGAGAACAGUGUGGGCCGUCCAUCAGUCCUGGACUUCUGGGUUUACUUUCAGAGCGUGUUGAAGAGCGUCACUGUGUGUGAGGCGCCUGUGGAUCGGAUCCGCCGCCACCUGGCAGCAGUUGAGCGCCGAUUGGAGGGCAUUGCAGCUACGGAACUCCAGCAACGCUCCAUGCGUGAGGAUCCCAUGUGCAGCAGUGCGGCGCUGAGUGCUUGCUCCACUGACGGGGCGCCCUGGAAUAAGAUGUUGCGUUGGCUUUUUGAGAUGCAGGGAUAUCAGCACAACAAAUUUUGUGAGGGGCUCAAAUUCUUGUUGAGGAACGAAGCAGGGGUGGAACUCUAUAGAGGCAGCAUGGGCGUGCUGAAUAAGCAGAAAAACUUGUUUUGGAGUUUGCCGCGCUCGACGCUCAAGAAGGAAAUGCAAUAUGCAAGCACAGGCAGAGAUAGCGGAAAUAGCGCAAAGAAAAAAGGAGCAGAGCUCACGGAGGUUUUGAGCAAGA